AGAGCUUUUGAAGCACAGCAAAAUACAUUAUAACCCUGAGAUAAGGUUGACAGUUUUCAUAGCCUGAAGUGCGUAGUCCAUCUAAUAUCUGUAUACAUCGGACUAAAGAUUUCUCCCUUUUGAAAUUCACGCAUCAAAAUAGAGGAGAGAGAGAGAGAGCGGGGAAUUAAUUUUCCAUUCGAAGUCAACUACAUUUUAUAGUCAACAUGAAAGAAACCAAAAAGGAGCGUGUCGUUCUCUCCCCUCUCAUUCCCGCAAAAGGAGUGGGCACCACCGCAGUUGCUGCUGCUGGGGAAUCGAAGGAGCAAAAUGCACCGGCUGAUAACGGUGCCGGCGCCGCGGCUGACCCAAAGAAGAAGGCUGGGUACAGGGACGUAAUCAACCGCACCGUUUUUACUAUUCUGAUGGCGUACGUCUUCCUCGGGUGGAUCUCGGUGGGCAUCCGCUUUGGCAUUUUUCUUUUGGUGGUCAUCAUGACUUCCAUGUUUUACGAGGUGACACGCAUCAACCAACGUGUGCGCAAGGAUCGACAGCUGCCGUCUAUCGUGUUCAUCAAGUGGUACUUCUUCAUGCUCAGUUUCCUGGUCCUUAUCCUGUCCUGUCUGCGUGAGCCGAUGCAGAACACGUUUUACUGGCUUGAUGGAGUGUACGACAUUUUCCCGUUUCUUUCGUUCUGCGGGGUGAUGCUUGGUCUUGUGAUUUUUGUGCUAAGCCUCCGCAAAGGCAUGUAUCGCUACCAGUUCAUCCAAUUCACGUGGACGGUGAUGGUGCUCGUGAUCACGCAGGUCCAGUUUGCUGGGGAGAUGCGCAACAUGGUGCGCGGAAUGAUCUGGUUCCUUCUUCCGGUGAGCUGCGUGGUCAACAACGACAUUUGGGCGUACAUUUUUGGCAAGUGUUUCGGACGGACAAAGCUCCUCGCGUUGUCGCCGAAGAAGACGGUGGAGGGUUUCCUCGGGGCGUUCGUCUUCACCGUCAUCUGGGCAUUUUGGUUCUGUGGCUUUUUGAGCUACUUUCCGCAGAUGUACUGCCCAGCGGUUGGCUUCACCAAUACGGUGAACAUGCACUGCGAGCGCAACUCUGUUUUUCUCCAGGAAGAAGUUGCUUUUCCGCGUUGGAUGCAGCAGCUCUCCGGCGGCAUCUUGACGACGUUUCUCGUUUCACCCGCGCAGAAGCACGCACUGGUGCUGGGGACCUUUGCCUCUCUCCUAGCUCCAUUCGGUGGCUUUUUUGCCAGUGGUCUCAAACGUGCCUUCAAGCUGAAGGACUUUGGCGACCUCAUUCCCGGUCACGGCGGAAUGACUGAUCGCAUGGAUUGCCAAGGCUUGAUGGGACUCUUCACGUACUGCUACCUUCGCACGUACGUGUUUCACGAAAUGAAGUGUCCAGGCACGCACGACAUCACUCGCUGCGCACUGGGCAUGGACUCGCAGCAGCGGCAGACUCUCGUGGAUCAGCUCCUUCAGUCACUGAAUGGAUAA